GGGGCGGGGCGGGGCGGGACGGGACGGGACGGGGGCGGGUCGCAGCGGAGCGAAGCGAAGCGGAGACGCCAGCACCAUGAUGGCGGAGCGGGCGCUUCGUAACCCCUAUGCGGACUAUGACAAGUCGUUGGCCACCAACUACUUCGACGGCGCCGGGAGGCUGACCCCUGAGUUCACGCAGCGGCUGAAUAACAAGAUCAGGGAGCUGCUCCAGCAGAUGGAGGGGGGCCUCAGGUCGGCUGACCCAAAGGACUGCACGGCAUACACUGGCUGGGCAGGCAUUGCUUUGCUGUAUUUGCACCUGCACGAUGUGUAUGGAGACCCAGCCUACCUUCAGGUGGCCCACGAGUACGUGAAGAAGAGCCUGAGCUGUCUGACAAAACGAUCCAUCACAUUCUUGUGCGGAGAUGCGGGGCCCCUGGCAGUGGCUGCUGUCGUCUACCACAAACUGCAGAACCAGAAACAAUCGAAGGACUGCAUCACUCGUUUGCUCCAUCUACACAAGCUUGACUCACGAGUGCCAGAUGAACUGCUGUACGGGCGCAUGGGCUAUCUCUAUGCACUGCUAUUUGUGAACAAGCACUUGGGAAAGGAAAAGAUCCCUCAAAGUCUCAUUCAACAGGUCUGUGAAGCCGUUGUAGCCUCAGGAGAGAGCUUGGCCAAAAGGAGGAACUUUACAGAAAAGAGCCCGCUGAUGUACGAGUGGUACCAGGAGUACUACGUAGGGGCAGCCCAUGGUUUGGCUGGGAUUUACUACUAUCUCAUGCAGCCUGACCUUGGAGUGAGCCAAGUAAAACUGCACAACACAGUCAAACCCAGUGUGGACUAUGUCUGCCAGCUCAAGUUCCCAUCUGGCAAUUACCCUCCAUGCAUCGAGGACAGGAGAGACCUACUCGUCCACUGGUGCCAUGGGGCACCAGGUGUUAUCUACAUGCUUGUCCAGGCCUACAAGGUCUUUGGGGAACAGCAGUACCUAGAUGAUGCCCUGCAGUGUGCAGAAGUGAUCUGGCAGUAUGGGCUACUGAAGAAGGGCUAUGGGCUGUGCCACGGGACAGCUGGCAAUGCUUACGGCUUCCUAGCACUGUACAACUUCACCCAGAACAUGAAGUACCUGUACAGGGCCUGCAAGUUUGCAGAGUGGUGUCUAAGCUAUGGUCAACAUGGGUGCCGGACUCCAGACACACCAUUCUCUCUCUUUGAAGGAAUGGCUGGAACAAUUUACUUUCUUGCUGACCUGCUGGUGCCAACCAAAGCCAGGUUCCCUGCAUUUGAACUCUAAAUCUGAGCUUGGCAGUUUCCUGCCUGAAUCCUUCUGCACUUGGAAAAGCAGUUUGAAGUUGCUUUCUCCUUCUUCCAACUCAUCAUUGUUCACCUAACUGAAUGUAAAUCCAUCCUUCUGAGGGCAUGCUGAGUUCUCUAAUAUUUCUAGCCAUCUCAUUGCAUUGUUUCAAUUUAAAAGAUAGAACAGAUUUGCUGGUGUCUCCUGAAAACGCAGGGCUGCAGGUAGGAGCAGGGAGAAAAUGUACAGUAGUUUGUUGGCUAUAGUUUUGCUAUUUUCUGUGUCACAUUUCCUGGGAGAAAGUUUUCUAUCAAAUGUAAUUUCAGCUAUUUUUUUGUUGUUGUGCUGACAAGUAGUUGCAGCAAAUUAGUUGCCUUUGGUAAACAAAAGAUGAAAAAUUGAGACUAUUGCCCUGUCUCUUUCUGAGCACUGAGGGAGUAAGCAGUUUAGUAGCUGGGCUGCUGCACAUGAAGCAAAUGUGAUAGACUGGGGAGUCUUUAAAUAUGUUUUUUUAAUGUCAGAUUGCAAGUGGCACAGCUGGAACUGAAAUGCCAAAGUGUUGUCCUCAAUUUCUACCUAUCAUUAAAGGGAAAGACUAUGUAUAGCUCUUUUUUUUUUUGCACUUUUUCCAGUGACAGACAAAUAAUCCACUAGCUUUUGUGCUUAUUUGCUGUCUUAUGCUAAACCUUGCAAAAGUCCAUUGAUCAUCUAAUGGAAAGCUCCAUUCUAAAAGUGAGCUAAGCACGCUAGCUGGUGUGGUCUCUUCUUCGCUUUCAAAGUUCAUUUUGCAGUCUUUAUUUAAAAUUGUGUAUGAAUAUUUUAGGUGGUAGAUGGUGCCAGACCCAGAAGCAGCAGCAUGGGAAAGGAAACAUAUUCCACUGAGUUCUGUCAGUAUUUAGCCUAAUAGCUGUAUAGCAGUUGUUUAGAUGGUUUGUUUUAUAAGCUUUCCUGAACCUGGAUAAUUGGAGUCACUUGUUUACCUUGUUACUGCUUGUUGUAGUUUGAUAUGCAACUACACAUCUACCCAACUGGAAGAUCUGCCCUAGGCUAAAUAGCUUUGGCCUGUCAAGCAGACCAGAUACUCACAAGGGGUAAAUCUGCUUUUCUGUCCGUAGGUGAUUCUGCACUAAGUUGCAGCAAUUAGGGACCUGACCCUGUGAACCACUUUCUUAGCACUGAGCGUGAGCUAAACACCGAGCGCAGAGAAAGGUACUGAUGCAGCCGCACCACUUUGUGCUGUUUGAGGGCAGCUCCUCAGCCUGCACAAGGGUGAACAUGGGUUUUGAUCUAAAUUUAAGGACACAACUGCCGAGUCCCUCAGGCCACCUAAGAGUGGGUGAGUGAGCAGCUCCAGGGCAGUGUGGGCAACCUCCAACCUGCAUGCUCAUGCACCAGCCAUAGUGAAGCAGGACCAAACCCGGCACACUAACACAGUUAGCUCACACACGCCUGAACACAAGACAGCCAACCGUAGCAGCAUAGACAGGCCCUCAAGAAUCUCCUGGAUGGGUUGCUCUAGCAAGGAGUAGAAACCAUUCCUAGAAGGCCACCUCUUUCUUCAAACUGCAGCCUUCUGCUGCCAUCACAUGUUUCUGGAAGUUCAUCAAAAGAUAGCUUGAAGCAAAGAGGAGCUCAUCUGCUUUGGGCUGGACAUCACUCUCAGAAGCCUCAAGCUCAAACAGACUCAGCUGUGGUCCCCUUUCAUUCUUGGGGCCUGAACACCAUGAACUCCCUGGGUGACUGGAAAGGAGGAAACAGGAUUUGACUAAUCAGACAGUUUGGGGUGGGAUCCUCUAGUACAGAGACCUGUUGUAAGUUACCUCCCAGCUUGGCUCAUGUGAUAGCAGGGACACUGCUCUGAGCCUGGGUUUCUCCUGGGCACUGCUUUCUAUAAAGGAGAUAGCUCUUGCAGCCUGGUGUCGCGGCAGCAUCAUAUCCCAGUGUUUGUACACUGAUCAGGGGAUUGUCAGGGCCUGGUAUACAACUUAUGAGUGAAGCACUGUUUAAUAAAGUGUUGAAACAAA